ACCAAAAUAGCUUUAACGGAAGAAUUUAUUGAGGGAGAAGAGUUUUCUUUUUCAUUUCAUUUUCAUAUUUUAUUUGAUACAGAGAGAGAAAACGAAAGAGGAGUUGAGGAUUUUUGUUUAAUUUUAUGUAUUUUUUUAAUCUCGUUUAGCUCCUGUAUUUUGGUUAUUAUAUUUAAUUUUUGUUUGGAUUGCAAUUUUUUUCCAUUAUUUGUUGUUUCUGGUGAUAAAUUUGAAGGCGGAGAAGAAGAAGAUGCAGACGUUAUCUCUUCUCUUCUCCUAUUUUUCGUGAUUGGCGAAUUCGUUGUUUACUUACGGGGUAAUUAGGGUUUGGUUUUGUUGAAGUCUAAAAUCAUGAAUGUUAUGCGUCGUCUCAAGAGCAUUGCUUCUGGUCGUUCUUCCAUUUCUUCCGAUCCUGGUGGGGAUACUAGCUCCAAAAGGGCAAAGGUUGAUCAAGAAUCAGGUAGGGGUCAUGAAGAAUCAAGUUUAGUUGAGAGGAGUACCACUGGUCUAGAUCAGCAUAUGGCUUCCACGUCACGGGAAACAGUUGCAAGCACAUCCAGGGUUACUUCUGUUGCUAGACAAGAAAAAUCAGGUGUUGAUAAGCUCCCUGAUGAAAUGUAUGAAAUGAGAAUUAGAGAUGAGAAAUCUGCCAGCCAUGAUGACAAGGAUCUGGAGGCUACUGUUAUAAGUGGAAACGGAACAGAAACAGGGCAGAUAAUUUCAACUACUGUUGGUGGUCGAAAUGGGAAACCAAAACAGACAAUCUCAUAUAUGGCAGAGCGUGUGGUUGGCACUGGUUCAUUUGGUGUUGUCUUUCAGGCUAAGUGCUUGGAGACAGGUGAAUCUGUUGCUAUAAAGAAGGUUUUGCAGGACAAAAGAUACAAGAAUAGGGAGCUCCAGAUUAUACGUAUACUUGACCAUCCUAAUGUCAUCCAGCUGAAGCACUGUUUCUUUUCAACCACAGAAAAAGAUGAGCUCUAUCUUAACCUUGUUCUGGAGUAUGUUCCAGAAACCGUUCAUAGAGUUUCAAAACACUACAGCAGAAUGAAUCAGCGUAUGCCCAUUGUUUACGUGCAGCUGUAUACAUACCAGAUUUUCCGUGCUCUAAAUUAUUUACAUAAUGUUGUUGGUGUAUGUCAUCGUGAUAUUAAACCGCAGAAUAUACUGGUAAAUCCCCACAGUCACCAGGUGAAGAUAUGUGACUUCGGUAGUGCAAAGAAGCUGGUCCCAGGUGAACCCAACAUAUCAUAUAUAUGCUCACGAUAUUAUAGGGCUCCGGAGCUUAUAUUUGGGGUGACGGAAUAUACAACUGCUAUUGAUAUGUGGUCUGUUGGUUGUGUGGUGGCUGAGCUUCUGCUUGGACAUCCAAUGUUUCCCGGCGAAAGCGGAGUUGACCAGCUAGUGGAAAUUAUUAAGAUACUGGGAACACCGACGAGAGAAGAAAUUAAAUGCAUGAAUCCAAAUUACACGGAGUUCAAAUUCCCUCAGAUCAAAGCUCAUCCAUGGCAUAAGUUAUUUCAUAAGCGAAUGCCCCCUGAAGCAGUGGAUCUUGUGUCUAGGCUGCUCCAGUACUCACCGAAACUACGUUGUACAGCUUUGGAGGCGUUAGCGCACCCUUUCUUUGAUGAUUUGAGAGACCCGAAUGUGAGCCUGCCUAAUGGACGAACCCUACCUUCUCUAUUCAAUUUCACAACUCAAGAACUGGCUGGUGCGCCUGAUAAACUACGGCAACUUCUUAUCCCUGAACACGCAAGAAUAUAAGAUCCGAUGAGACGGCAUCUGUAGGCAUUGUAAAUUGGUGUUGUGAUCUGCCAUUAGUGACGAGCUACACCCCGCCACCACAGGCUAGUUCGGAUAGUCUUUUUUAUUUGAUUUUAUAGUUACAAGCAAAGAGACCGGAAAGCGCCAGUCUGGGAUUCAAGCAGUCGUUAAAUGGAUACGCCGGUGAUGGUUUUUAGGUGGAUGGAAUAUAGGAUUGCUGGCCCAUGGGGUCUUGGGAUUUUUUUCUUCUUUUAAAUAAUAUUUAUAUAUAUUAUUUACAAUAUAAUGUGUUAUUUA